AUGGAUGAGGAUUCUUCCAACGGUGCACCAUGCACCGUGUCCAUCGGCAUGGAUGAGAUCGCACAAAAUGUACAAUUUAUGCCCCAGAAGAUACUUCAAGACAUCGCCCGAGGCCCGCUCGUUCAGUACACAUUGACUUGCGAGGAUAACCAGAAAGUGAGCCGGGUGUGGAAGUCUCUGCUACAAACACUAUCGACUCCGUCCCUCUCGCAUCAGCAUACCGCGGCUGCUUGCACCGCGGUCAUUGCGUUUAUUGAUUCAUCGAUCAAUUCCCAAAAUGAGGAGACUAAGCGCUUGAUACUGACAUCUGAAAACUGGCUAGCACUAUUCGAUAUCUUCUUGAAUCGAUACGAAGAUGCCAAGCCGAAGCCUUUGAGGCAGUUGUUGGCUUCACUAACCUCCAUUCUGGCUAAGCAUUAUCACGGACCCAGCCGCACAUUGAUCCAGGCCAAGAUUGUGGAGGCUGUCAUUCCUAGCAUUGUGCUCGGUGAACCGAGAUCGCGGCUGAAAGGCUGUCUGGUGUGUCUGGAGCUUUUCGUUCGCAAAGGUGCCAUUCUCCCCUCCGAGCUCCUCCAGUUGGCAGGUCAGUGGCUCGCACCAAACAUGGAAAGAUGCGUCUCUGCUUUUGGAAAGGACUCUUUUGCCCUAUUUCUCAACACUCAACCCACCAGCAGUAUCAAGCCGGACGAGUUGUCUGACGAAAUGGCGGCAAGGGUCUUCGUCUUCGGACUCCUCACUCAAACCAACAACAAGGAAAUGGCGUCCUCAUCAGGUGGGCUGUUGAAAGCCUUUUUACAAAGGAUGAAAACCGAAGCUGUGUCCGAAGUGUCCCAGCGACAACUGUCGACUAUUUGGGUCACCCCUGCCAGGCACUUGGUUCUUCAGAACAUGAAUACUCUCGAAACACAGUGCAACCAGCUUUUGGAGCCUUUAUUCACAGUUGAUCCUAGUGGGUUUCGGACCUUUGUCGAGACGCUCCCUUUGAAAAGCCUGCUGCAGGGCGAUAUGUCAGAGGCUCCGCUCGACGAGUACAUGUUGUUGUUUGCUACUCUUCGAGUUGGAAAGAAAAUCAAUCUUGUCCAUGAUGACCACGGUCUCUCCGACCCUAGUGGGUUUGCAGAUUGUGCUAAGUCGACACUCGUGCUGAGAAGCGAGGUUAUUGGCAAGUUCUUGCUCCACCGGGAGCCUAGUAUUCGACUUGCUGCCUUAUCUCUGCUCAUCACCGCCGUUUCAACGACGAAGCCGCUCACGCCGGCGGCUUUUGAAGCCAUGCUUCGAGGGCUGCCAUCCAUGCACGCCGACUCGGAUUCCUACACGAGAGGCGAGAUGCUGAGCUUAACGCGAAAGCUUAUUGUCCGUCUCAAAGGUGGAAUCUUGAAGCGUGAUUCUGCAAAAGCCCAAAAUACAGUUCCUAGGAAACAGGUUCCCGACCUCGCCAAAACUGAUGAGGAGACGAAGUCCUUCCUCAUGGCUUAUAUUCACUUCUUGGAAGGAGACCUUUGUGUCACGGCGUCGUACGCACGUCACAUCACAGCAUUGAAAGCACUGAGGAUGUUGAUCGAAUCUGGCCUGGACUCUCGGACUGACAUCAAACCGGUGAAGUCGGAACUUGAAAACCGCUGGAAAGUGCAUAUGGAAAUUUUCCACCCUGGUUUGCUCCGGCUUCUCCUGGACCUGCUCCUUGAUCCCUUCGAGGAGGUGCGAGCAACGUCGUUGUCGAUAGUGAACCAGUGCCCUCAGCAUAUUUUGAUGAGUGGUCUAUCUAACAGGGCCAACGAUCAACCUGGUGCAAAUUUGAAACUGACGAAUGCUAUUUCUCGUGCUGAGUGUAUUGCAAGUAACACAAGCCGGGCCGACAAUGCCGACACGGUGGCUCGUCUAUAUCAUGUUAUCUUCUGUGCCGCUUCAGACAGUGGUUCUGCUGGUUCGAGUUGGUGGGCAACUAAAGUCUCAGUCGUUGACACUAUUCUGCAAAGACUGGAAGAUCGACUAUCAUCUCCCAAGGGAAUUUUCACUUCUUCCAUGCGAGAGGCGCCACUUCACGGCUACAUGUCUGGACUGAGAUAUAUCGUUCUGACGCCCAACUUCCAAGCCUUGGUAUCAGCUGGAUAUGGUUCUCUUGUUUGGAGAUCUUUUCAUGAUCGAAUUGUUGCUGUAUGCGAUAAGAUAUGGCUGGAAGUCAAGCCGGUGCUGUGCAUCGACUCACCCGAAGGCCACACCGACGAGCCCAUCGAAGAUCUUUCAGUGGGACCCAAGGAUAUUUUAUCGUAUUCCUGGAGAGCACUCCGUGAGUCUAGUAUGUUGCUUCAUGCUACGAUGGUCAAUCAGACAUACGGCCCACCGGGGGAUGAUGGACUACAGCGAACCGAUUUCGAGAAAGUGGGCCGAGCAAGUUUCACACAACUCGCCGAGCUGCGCCAUCGCGGUGCCUUCUCGACCGUCUCACAGACGUUCGCUACCUGCUGUGAAAGAUGCAGCAAGUCCGACAAUCCCUUAAUUCGGGAACUUCCUCGGCAAUGGUACCAGGAAGCCAAAGCAACCAUAUUUGAAUCGGCCUCGAAGCUUACACGCCGAUCUGCUGGUCUGCCAGCAUUGAUUACCGGUAUUCUGUGCUCCGAUCCAGCCACAACAUUCUUCAACGAAGCCAUGGAGGAGCUCCACGAGAUCUCUCGUCUUCCUGUGGAGUACGACAAAGACCAGCAGUAUUUGAAGCUGCCUCAAGUUCACGCAAUGAAUUGCCUGAAAGAUAUAUUCACAAGCACCAAGCUUGGCCAAUAUUCUGAACAGUUUAUCAUGUCAGCUCUUACUCUGUCUGCGGAUCGGCUGGGAUCGCCAAUUUGGGCACUUCGGAAUUCAGGCCUGAUGCUCUUCCGUGCCUUGUUGAGUAAGAUGUGCCGUCUGGUUUCUGGGACCGGAUUAGGCUUCGGUGGUAGUUCUGGCUCGGAGCCUGGUGCCAGAGUUUCAUUUCCGAAGUACCCGGGUCUUCUUGAGCUUUUGUCCCGUCUUCUCACCCCUACCGAAGACAAUGCGUCUGCUGUGGGAGGAAGUACAGAUAUUGUGACUGAGCGUGUCUUCCCAGCCCUGGAGUUGGUUGGCGAGAAAAUCCCGACAUUCUCUGACAACCAUGACACAAUGUUGCGCGCAUUGGUCCUCGAGCAUAUGAAGAGCCCUGUUUGGGGAAUUAGGGAACAUGCGGCUCGCGUGUAUGCCUCUCUUCUCACUCGUAACAACAUCUUACAGGAUGUGUCCAGCCUUGUGGAAAUUUCACCAUCAGCCGCCACGGAAAAUUAUCUUCAUGGAAUAGCGCUUUGUGUUCGAUACUCUCUGCGCCGUUUCUCGUCUACCACUGACGUGUACUGGACGACGCAUAUUCAAGGAUUUCUGGAAACAAUACGUCGAGUCUUUGCAUCCAUCCUUCCGCUGGCCAGGUCUCCAGCUGUCGCUACCGCUCUUAUUGAGAUUCUGAAUGAUGCAGUGGAACGGGCAUUAAAAGCAGAAAUCGAAGCUAAAACUGCAUCCUUUCUUGAUGAGGUACUUCAGGAAUUUGAUCUCCACGGCAUUCUAACUCAUGUCUUCGAUGCCUCCCGUCCUGGCUGGAACAUCUCCAGCUUGACCCGUGCAUCAUCUUUGCUUCGAAGAGCGCUUGCCUGGUACAUGACAUUGAAGAUGCUCGUUUCAGGAAAAUGGGAAGAGCUUACUCAAUUUUAUCUUGGGGUAACAACAUUCGACGCCGACGCUGCUAGGUGGAUUUUGGAGGAGCUUGAGGAGCGCCUUGGUGGAAAGAAGAGAUACAGAAAGCCCCUGGCUGUUCUUUACGCCUCUGCGAUUCUCGCAGACUCCCCUCCGAAUAUCAAGACAGCGGCGGCAUCGAAUCUGGCCUCUAUUCUUGAAGGGUUGCUAGUGUCUGAGUUGGAUACUGUCAAAGGCAUGGGUUUGCCAUGGGAGAAGAUUGGGGGGAGCUUCCGGCCCGAGUCCAACAUCCAGCUCUGGAACCGAGACGCAACUGACGCAGAACUUCGUCUCCGUGGGUGCCUUCUGACGAUCAGUAUCGCUUCUGGAGAGUGGCAGUCUCCAUCAUCAUUAGAUGCAGAGCUUCGCGGCUGGGCUGUCAAGUUGCGAUCUGCCCUGAGUGAAGAAACCGAAUUCACGUCUCGCUAUGCUGCAGUGGCGUCUCUCGGCAGCUUUUCCAGGAUCCUGCGAGUCCCAAAUUACCCACCGAGAGUUGACCCCAUCUUGUUGGACAUAUACCUUGCCCUAUACGACAUGCUCAAUGACGAUGAUGAGGAGCUUCGCGACAUGGCUGCAGCUACCGCGUCCUGGGCCUUAUCCUAUUCAUCUGUAUCACCAGCGGCGGCUGUCGCUCUCGGGCCGCUGAAUGCCAGUGCACUUUUGGCCGAGUUCAUCGCCAAUAACUUUGCCGAAUUUCCUACGCUCACUGAGUCUGUGGUUCGAUACAUCACUGGACAGCAGCCUCGCCUCAGUGCCUCUGACACCCGAUCACGCCUGCUGUCCGUGUCGGAUAUAGUGGCAGAACAUCGGAAGGAAAGCACGGUUUUGUUCAUGGAGGAAAAGCAGAACUUGUUCAUAGACGGGGUUCGAGAAGUUGACGUGUGGGCGCCAGCACUUUUGCGCCUCAAGGAAUCCGCAUACAAGGAUAGCGUCGUGCACGAUCUUGCGUGCUGGGCUUCCCAGGGAUUAGCGUAUCUCACCGAACUCGCCGGCGAAAGUGCCGGGCAAGAUGGACUUUUGGGAUGGAUCUCAAAGCCCGAGACCUUUACUUUAGGAGUGCGGUUGAUUGGAAUUGCCUCUGUCCUGGUGUCGGAGAAUUUUCCUUUGCCAAACUAUAUGGGCGGUGCGCAGGACGAGCUGCGCAGGCAGAUGCAGUCUCUCUGGGUAAUAGGAGAAAAGGCCUCGUUUCACCAUGAGUGGCUGUCAAGGAUUCGGCAGGGUCUGGGAGCUGGACUUAAAAAUGUAUAG